AGCUUCCUGAGUCGAUUCCCGAGAAGGUGUCACCGCGGGCAGGGACUUUGGCCGCAGGUCGUGCGGCGGCCGGCGCCACAGCAGCCACUGUGCGGCACGCAGGCCUCGAGGUCCCCGGGGCGCGCGCGGCUCGGUCCCCAACCGGCCCGUCCUCCAUCGCGCAUCCCCACCCGCUCCCGGCGGCUCCUUCCUGCCGCCGCCCCGCUCAGCGACUCCGCCGCGCCCCGUCCCAGGCUGGAGGAGGCGCAGGCGCUCCCCGGAGCGUGGCACCCGAGGCCGGCGCAGCCCUGCGUGACUAUAGUCUGAUUUUGGAAAGUGGAUGCCAGCCUGGAGCCUUGGCACCCAACUCAGCCCAGAAGUAGUGUUCUUUAAAAGGUACAGCCCGGGGCAGGAUCCCAUCUCCACCGCCCCGCUUAGGCUUCCAGAGUGGGUUCUUGAUGAACUUGGCUCUCUUCUGCUGGCGACUCCUGGGCAGAAGACAUGGCUCUGGUCCGCUGGGGGCUGAAAAGACAGAACUUCCACCCAUUGAGGAGGAGGAGAUCGCUGCUGCUGAAACUCACAGUCGUUGUCAUCUCCGUGCUUCUGUUUUGUGAAUAUUUCAUCUAUUACCUGGUCAUCUUUCAGUGCCAUUGGCCCGAGGUGAAGACCCUAGCCCCUGGCAGUAGGCAGGAGCCUGUGUUGAAAACCAUGUUCCUGGCUGACACUCAUUUACUUGGGGAGAUAAGAGGCCACUGGCUGGACAAAUUAAGAAGGGAGUGGCAAAUGGAAAGAGCCUUUCAGACAGCUGUGUGGCUGCUGCAACCGGAAGUCGUCUUCAUUUUGGGAGACAUCUUUGAUGAAGGGAAGUGGAGCACCGCCCAGGCCUGGGCAGACGAUGUGCAGAGAUUUCAGAAGAUGUUCAGGCAUGGCAGCCACGUGCAGCUGAAGGUGGUCAUUGGCAAUCAUGACAUUGGUUUCCACUAUCAGAUGAGUAAACACAGAAUAAAGCGAUUUGAGAAAGUGUUCAGCUCCGAAAGGCUGUUCUCUCUGAAAGGAGUGAAUUUUGUGAUGGUCAACAGCGUCGCAAUGGAAGGGGAUGGUUGUAGCAUAUGCUCUGAAGCGGAAGCCGAACUCAGAGAGAUCUCUCGUAAACUGAAUUGCUCCCGAGAGCAGGUGCGGGGAUCAAGCCAGUGUGAGGAUGAGCAGCGGCUGCCCUCGUCGGCCCCCGUGCUGCUGCAGCACUACCCGCUCUAUCGGGCCAGCGAUGCGAACUGUUCUGGCGAAGACGCGGCUCCUGCAGGGGAAAGGAACAUCCCCUUCAAGGAGAAAUACGAUGUCCUUUCUCAGGAGGCCUCACGAAAGCUGCUGUGGUGGUUCCGGCCUCGCCUGGUUCUGAGCGGCCACACGCACAGUGCCUGCGAGGUGCUCCAUCCGGGGGGAGCUCCUGAGGUGAGCGUCCCGUCCUUCAGUUGGAGGAACAGAAACAACCCCAGCUUCAUCAUGGGCAGCCUGACAUCCAGAGAAUACGCUCUGUCCAAGUGCUACCUCCCGUUUGAGGACACGGUGCUGACCAUGUACGGUGUAGCAGCUGGCUUCCUUGUGGUCCUCACCUUAGCUCACUUUGAGCAUUUGCACUCAUCUUUUCUGUUUGGUUGGAAACUGUGCAGGAUACACAAGAGAAGAUGAAGAACCAGUGAUUGUUGCACAUGGUAAUAUAAAACCAAAGCCAAAGACAUGGGACUUCCAGUGGGGCUCCAGUGAGUCACGGAGGAGAGCAACUAUUGGUUGUCCUUAUGUACAAGAUGAGAAUUCCGAAUCAUCAAUGCCAAUGACUGCAGAAUAAACAGUUGACUGUUCUGUUCUCAUGCUAUAAAAAAUGGAACGU